AUGGCUGCCGUUGUCAUUUUAACUAGUAUUGUUGGUGGUGGUGGUGGUGGUGGUGGUGGUGGUGGUGGUGGUGGUGGUGGUGGUGGUGGUGGUGGUGGUGGUGGUGGUGGUGGUGGUGGUGGUAGUAGUCCUGCUGUCGUCUUUUCUCUCAUCCUCUUACAAGAUUUUUCCCUUCAGCCGAAUGAGUAUCAAGGCCAACAGUCUUUAAAUCGAUUUGCCUUUCGUGGCACAAUUGUGUUGUCAACACCUUGUCUACCAGGUUACUCACCCUGCUCAGCGUCAUAUUCAGAUGAGAAAAGUUUGGUCUUAAGGUGCCAACUUAUCUGCAAGCAUGCCUGGUUGUGGGACCUUUGUGCUGAACCGGACACUGCAGUAAAUCAAGUUUACAUCAAUCUACCCUGUCUUGUUUUUGCAUUACGACGGCUGUGAGAGAGCGGAGGGGUUUUGAUACGAAAGCAUGCCCUCUCGUGGCUAAAUGAUUGUCAUUCAUGAACAUAAUCGAAGUCGCAUUGCCACAAUUCCCGAAGAAGAUACAUGUCAGCGAAUGUAAUAGUUGCAGCCAGCCUGGGUGGUUGUGGAACAAAAAUAUACUAAACUCCACAAGCUAGCCGUGAGUUAGUAAGCCUAGCCUUGUCAUUACCAAUCGACGUAAGUUCCUAAAUCAAUAUAUUUACUGCUUAAAUAAACCUCUACGUGCGAUCAAAAUUGAAGCGUUGGCAAAUGAGAUAGCUUUUCUGCAUACUUUUCAGGGGCAAGGCUAAGAAUAUUGUCUGACUGUCAAUUUAUUAUACUUUCUAUUGUCAUCAGAAUUUGCGGUAGUUUCAUAAAAUCCUUGGAAGCGGUUAACGGAGAGAGGUAUUAAGGGGAAUAUUUUGGGAAUUCUCAAGAAAAUGAUCGAACCUGUAAAAUUAAGUGACCAUAUUCAACUUUAUGAAGAUAUUCGCCCCCCGAAAACUUAAUGGUACGUGGAAACUAAACUAAUAUAUUUGGACUUUCCAAUCUUUUAAUUACGAUCAGUUGUAUUUUCGCAAAAGAUUAUCGAUAGUUAAAAUUCCUCUGCGACUUUUGUACGAAAUCCAAACUUACCAUGACAUCACUGUGGAAACAAUCUCUAAGCCGCCAAUGAAUUUUCAGUUUUUAUAAAGAAUAUGCAAACGACGUCGGCAAUUAAUCUACCCAACACUUUCGUUCGAUCGCUGUCAAUAAAUCACGUAGUAUUCAAGUCUUGAGGGUUUCUAUAUCGGAUUUCGGUGUAACUGAGUCCACAUGGAGUAUUACAAAAAACUAAUAGCUAAAGGUAUAUUUUAAAGCCCUGCAUAUUCUCUAGAAAAAAGGUUCUCACGUGUAUUGAAAAAAUAUGUACUUCCUCUUUAUUAUAGGCGGCUCUCCGAUGUUAUAUUGUGCGUCUUAAAAGUUCAUUUAAAGUUUUAUUCGGAUCUUUAGAAUUAGACUGCAUUAAUCUCACAAAAUAAAGUGACAGAUUCCGCAGGUCGUGCGUACUUUGCCAGUUGCAUUCAUAAACUUGCGAAAGUCAGACUUCAAAUAGGCCCAUUUAAGCGCCUCAAAAAUUUACCAUGCUACGGUAUUUUCAAAACCAAUAUAUCUUCACUUGCAGACUAUUCACCAUCACGAAUGCUUGGUUUCCGAAAGAAUACAAGAACCGGAGUUUUUAUUUAUGAACAACUUGUCAAGAUAGGUCAUAUUUUACGAUACUGCGACAAAGGGAAAACCAAAAGCUAAACGUUUCUCUAUUGUGCUUGACGCUGGAUAUUUUCGUUUUACAAUGAAUCCAGAUUCAUUCCAAGCGGCAUCGCAGCUGUACAUGAAAAGAUGUUUUACUCAAAUUCAUAUAUUAAACAUUUCAGUCAAUCUUUGGUACAUUUUCGUGUACUGCGAAGUAGUUUUUUUAACUUUAGCCCGUCUUUUUGCCUUUUCAUUGAACCACCAGCAUUUUCUGUCCAUGUGAUCGUUCUCACUCAUUUUUUGAUCCAGCUAAUUAGUGAAGGCCUACAAGUGACAGCAAUCACCAUGUUUUAAGAGGUAACAGAAAUUUGUUAGAAGUACCGGAAUCGAACCAGAUCCAUUUUCGCAUGCAUCUGAGUCGAGUUCAAAUUGUUAGCACCUAAUUAUUUAAAAUACAUAUGUGUGAUCGCUUAUUGUGCGUCGGAUUUUCACCAUAAAAUGGCGUCGAAUAUGAUUGUUGGGAAGGACUGCAAAACACUUGCAUCUACUAGUCGUUUUGUAGGGAAUAAGCCUUUGUAAAUUAUGUAUUCGGUUGCAUUUGAUUAUAUUUCUUUUAAAAAGUGUGUUCGUCUUUUAUUUCCAAGUCAUAACCUGCAAUUUCGUCCAUUCAUAAUGCCCCAUAAAGGCAUUCUGAGGGACUGCCCAGGCAUUCUCAUAAAUCGAAAUAUACUCUCAAGCUUCGCAUGCUAAAAAUGAGGAUAUCUGGCGGCGGGCCAAAUUAUCGCUAAAUUGUGAUUUUCAUCCUAUAAAGGGAACUUUUAAAAGGACGCAUGUUCCUCUAAAAUCAAUAAAAUAAAUUGUCGUCGACAUAGACGAAGAGUGCGAGUUUCAGAAAACGGUUAGUAAAAGUUUCAUUUAUUUGAUGUUACGGACACACCCGAAUCCAGCAUCACACAGAAUCAGACACGGACGUCGUUUGUACAAAUAUUGACGUAUUUUAAGGAUUUAUGGUUAUCGAAGCUAAUGAUUCCCCAGUCAUCGCAGAUGGCUGCACUUGCCGCGAUAACGGCUUGAUUGUACUUAUCCGAAUCGUCAACUAUCGCAAUUUUAUCACACGUGUUGGUCAUCUGCCUUACAGUUGCUCGGCAGUUUUGCUCAUCAAUGCCAGAACUUGCAACCGUGCUUCCUGCGCUCUCCCUACACACUACUUAUUCUGCCUAGGCGAAGUCCGUCGAUCGACCGCGGACCAGAGGAACACUACUCAGGUAGUCUUGAAGAAGGAGACGCGAUCGCUGAGACAAAAGUUUUAUUAGCCUGACGUUUCGGAUUUCUGCUCGAAUCUAUCAUCCGAGACAAAAACAGAAACGGGUAGCUCAUGUAGCUCGCAGCGCACGCACAUGUCCUCUUCAGUCUCCUGGGAAUGAACUGUGUGGCCAGCUCCUGUCGAAUGAGCCAUGUGUUCAGUCAUUCGUGUCAGGAGUAGUCUUUCUGCUUUUGCGGCAUAGUCGCUUUGCCCACAACUCCACCAGAUCCGGCAGAAGACUUCAGAUGUUUUCUGACGUGACAGUAGGUCAUUUGGCCCUAUGAGCUGGCAUAGCAACUGCAUCUAAUAAAUAUUACAGUAUCUGUUCAAACAGUAGCCUUAUCUGAGUCUGUCCCGGCGGAUGGAUUCCAGUGUAAAUCCAGAAUGUCAGACGAAUAAAAGUUUUAUUCAAGCUACCGCCGCCAAGCAAGUAGUUUUAGUCAUGCACUCCAACUUACCUGGAAAUAACGCUCACUGGCCCAACCUAGUUACACGGAGGAAUAUGGGCGCUUUUUACUGUCUCGAUGUUUUAGCUUAGAGACUUCCCAGGUAUUUUCUUAUUGACGAACCUAAACUUACGAAGAUGUAUUGCAUACAAAUACUGUAGAGUCUGGAAUGGUAAAUUAUUCUUAAUCCUCGGACGAAAAAGGUUAAACGUUCGAUCUUAGCAUCCGUUCUUUAUUUCACCGGAUACUUUGAUUUCAGUGAUCUGGUGUCCUUGGCUGUGAUUGGGAAUAUUUUAAGCCGCGUCAAACUGACGCCCAUUAAUUUAAUCUGGCUGUAGGGGAGGAACGCAGCAGUUUGGAACUAGAUUAAGGCAGUUGACGAUUGAAAUAAGCUAGUCUGUUUUGUCAGCACUUUUCCGUAAAAUCUAAGUUUAGAGGUCGUCUUAGUCAGACAGAUAAGGCAGGACAGAAAAUCGAAAGCGGACUUUUGACUUAUUUUACUUCUGUGACUUUAAUGCUCUUAAUCUUUUGUUUCUUUUUAUAGGAAUACGUAAAUAGGACAUAAGCAAGGUAUCUCACAUUGCAGGUCCUCGCGGUGAGCGCACGAUACCAUUCCAGAUUUCCAAGGCUUUCUGCGUACUGCAGCGAAAGAGAAACAUGAAGUGAGAACGUUCAAUUUGACAGCAAAGUUGCAACCGACAAAUGUUGGAACAGAUAAACAGAUUACUUUGUUGGAAGAUUAUUUUGUCAGGUUUGUUUUACGGUUUCUUUUCCCCUCCAAAAUGAGAACAGAAUGAAACAAAUACAGUCCUGUCCUCCAAGGGCCACACGACUGAAGAUAUCGAUGGAACCAGGUUCUGACCUCAGAAAAAAGUUUGCCCAAAGGUAGUCUACGUACCUUUUACAGUAGCGUAUUUCUCUGCUAAGUAAUGGCAGCCUAAUAAAGUGUGAUACCAAUGAAUUCGGGAAUUUCUAAGUUAUAAUUGAUACACGAAGACGUUUAUACAAUACUGUAAGACCCCUGCGUUGAGUACAAGUUGUUGUUGAAAAUAACUAACAAUAUCAAUACUUACACCGACUGGGACCGGGGCAGGAACAUAAAUUCAAGCAGUAUCUUUCUCAGCCUAAAACACAAGAAAACAUUUUGAAGGCUCAUGAAUUUCAAGAAACAAAAACGCGUAGUAAAAUUUUGCCAAACGUUCAUGACUUUGUUGUCAUGCCAGGUGCUAUUUUCACUAAACGUUAUGUUCGAAACGUUUUACGCACCAUCGCUUGUCAAAAGUAGACACUCAUCUAGCUUGUACAUUUAUGGAUUUAAAAACAUUUUAAAAAAGCAAAUACAUAGUUUCCUCCGUUCUUCAGAUAAAUGUAGAUUACGAAUACUAAGGUUAUGAGGGUAGGCCUCAUUUCAGUAAAAGUCGACUACUCUCGGGCCCAACGUAAUAUUUAAUUCAGUUGUUGCUUCGUUUGGCUAGUGCGUAUCUAUACACUCCUCUCCAACUUUCUUCUUGACAUUUUCAACUUCUAGAAUUAAAGGAAUCACCAUGCCGAAUGAGGGACUACUUACUUUUUGAUGUGCUAAUAACAUGAAUUUCAUGUCCGCGUGUAUUAAUCAGCCGUAGAUACUAUGAGAUAUGAACCGGGACCAAACUGGUUUUUCGUUUUUAGGAAGGUCUUUUUCGGACUACUAGUUGCUACUCUUCGAUGACUUUCGAACCAUAAGUAGCGUACUGCUCGGUACGCGUGAAGCCGAGUCCGCCAUACACCCCUGCUCAUGUGCUUGAUUCCGGGUUUCAGUACGUCAAACCAGGCAAGUUGAUGUAUUCCACUAACAAUGUCUGUGCCCUCCUAUUACGUUAGCUUUUGAAGACCAGUGUUCUUAACAUUUUGAAAAAGCUUAAAGCGAACACAAUGAUAUCCGUUCAAGGGCAAACAGAGUUUACAGUUUUGUCCAUGUACAAUCGAGAACUCUUGCAAAGAGUCAGCGAUGUGUCAUAUAUUCACUUUCCUGUAAGCCAGAGAGGCCUCUUGGUUAAGAGGUGGUUUGGUAGCCCUACCUGAUGGGCACAAUACUGUUGGGGUUAGGGUUAGGGGGUAGGGUUAGGGGUUAGGGCUAAGGGUUAUGUUUAGGGAUUAAGGGUUAUGCUUAGGGGGUUAGGGUUAGAGGUUAGCACAACUAUUUCUCAACCAUUGAAGGUACAGCCGCGCACUCCCAAUAGCUUUUAUUUUGCAUACAAUUACUUGACCUCUUCGCCUGUACGUUUCCCGGCAUCAUCUGUAAAAACCCUAAUUACCACCGGUCCCGUAUUAGAGUUGACUGUGGUUUGUUCAUUUCAGGUGGAGCUGCAAGACCACAUCCGACCGUCUCUUGAAAUAAUUUUUACGAUCGACUUGAAAAAUUGUUUGAAAUCCGCAUGGCCAUUCUGGUCUUCUUGUUUUUCAGCCCAAAAAAACACGCGCACUUGACGUUUGUUUUGUUGACUUCUAUGGGGCUUCUGAACUGCCUUUACACGACUCCUUCGAGAUAAUAAGAACCUUGGCUGGGCAAAUUUUCUACAUUCAGGGACAGCUCGCAUGCCGACAAUGUAGUGGGUGUACCUAUUGCGACAAAUCAGUUGUUUAAAACGACAAAUAGACUUCGGUCCUGUUAUAGACAUGAUUGUGCACACUUCCUGGUCAACACAGCGGUUUCUAAAACUAAUUCAAGCUCGUAGAGCAGUUCCGUUCUAACGGCAUACUCGAUAUUCUGACUCGAUUUGCCAAUUAAAUGCAUACGAUAUUAAGAUGACAAUAAACAGCGAAAUUUCCGAGUGUUCAGUAAAGUAAUGAAAAAUUAGGAUAAGAUAUUUGGUGAGUAACAGUGGUUCACUGGUUCAGUUGCCUCGCACAACCUGCUCGUCGCUUUGUGUCUAGAAACCUGAUCUAGAGUUUCAAUAAACAGCUGUAAAAUGACCAGUAGAAUUGCGUAACAAUCACUAACCACAACCGCUUCCAGAAACUGUUCCAGACCAUAGUCGCAGGACACAGAACCCGUGACUUACUAUCAGAGACUCGUGGUUAAUGCUCAUCGAUCAAAAAGUGUGGGAACGAGUACCGUGCUUUUCAAUUCUGGGGUUGGCUAUGGGCGUUUGGCCAUGGGCACGAAGACAGACAGGGUUCCCCUCUAUCAACCUUUUUUUUCUCAAUAAUAGUUUUAUAACAGGGGACGCUGUUUACGAAUAUUAGUUUACCGUUUUGGUUGUAAUUUAUCAGUAGCCAAAAUACAGUUACAUUCUUGGUGGAAAUUAGGCUAACUUCCGUUUGCCAAGGGAAACUUGUGGGACAUCUCAACCCCGAUGAAGGACUCCUACAACUUUUCAUACAAACGAAUACAGCAGUUAGUCGAUUGCAUGUUGAAAGGAGGCUUUUUUCGUGGUUCCAUUAUCAGAUCUAAUAAUCAAAGCGCUCUAAACACGGCUUUUGAGUUUAUCAGGCAAGCAAAGCCUGGUCUUUGAAAAAGUACAAAUUGAUAUACGCCGAUUUCUUAGUAUUUCGGCGGUCGAGCUGACAGUCGCAUACAACGCCUCCAAGUUGAUAUGCUAAUUUGGCAUGCAUUUCACUUCACUAUCUCUCCGAUGAGGAAGUAGAAUAUAUCUAUUAACUUACACCAUCUGGCUGCCGAGUGUUGAUAUUAUGUUCCGCACGAGUGUCUCCUUUUCCAGACUGUAUGAGUGAAAAAUUCCAUUGGAUCACAUUUAGUGCGCAAAAAAAUAAGGGAGUUAGAAAUAAGUGAAACCAAAUUACUAGAUGUUGCUUGUUUACUAAACUACCUUAGGAUGAAUGUCAUUGGCAUAGUGAAAGGCUGCCUUGUGUAGUAAACAGCAUCCGCAAUGCACCAUAUUUAAUAUAUAAGAAUCCCUGCGCCCUCGUCAAUUCAAUAUGAGCUGCCCAUAUGGGGAACGAAUAGAUCGGUAUUUAUUUUUGCUCCUUCAAAGACGACUAGGCUUAAAUGAAAAUUAAAGGCAAUUUCACGGUUUCGUGUCAUAGGAAGCGUUUGGAAUAUAACGUUUACGGCCUUUACUUGCGUUGCAGAAUUUCAAAAGAUAGGUGUGAAACUCGACUUAGUGCAUUUCUGUGAACGUUGCAUUCCCUUCCAAACAAAUUUUCUGGUUUCUAGCAUAUUUUCGAUACAGAGCUGGUUUUUAUACAUGCUAUCAAGGACUCCACAGUAAAAUUGCUUUAUUUUAAGAAGCGUCUGCUUGUUACAUAUCUUUAAUAAAAACAAUGCAUCGUUUAGCUCAGUAUUUGAUGCGUCACACAGACCUGCUAAAGCCUCUGUUUGAAACAGUUUAUCGCCACUACAUCUGAUGUUCGCCCACUUAUUCUUAUCUCUAGGACCCUUUUAAUACGGAUUCACUAAUGCAAUCAUAAAGUAAUGCUUAUAUUUAAAUUCUUUGACGCCAAAUUUUAUAUUAUGACUAAUAUAUCUUUUUUCUUAAGUAAAAACGUUCCACUUACCUCAAACGCAAUUUGAGACCAAAGAUCACAAGAAUUCUACAAUAGAAAAGUCCAUAGCGAAAGUAAGGCAAUUCUUGAUUUAGCAGCUAUGUAGGGUUUCGUAAAAAAACGUCUGCCUAAGGGGGUUUUCCAAGAUAAGUUCCCUUUUUUUCUUCACUGCGACACGGAGGCCAGGCAAAGCCCGCGACUGUGUCGGAGCAGCUUAAUCAUAGCUUAAAACAGCCGCUACGACCCGCGAUUCCGUUUCCCAAUAAGAGGAUGUGAAGAUGAACGACAGUAGAUAGAGCAUUCUAUUCUGUACCAAAUGGUCAGAUAGUAGGUUAGAGGAAGUAGGCAACCGGACGAAGGUACACCGCCCGGCGCCGUGAAAACAUUCGUCCUGGGUGACAAAUGAGUAGUCAUCAGAGGACGUUGAACGAAGACAUGUCUGCGUCGACUUUGAUUAACCAGUCUGAACUGCCUUGAUUGGCCGAAAGCCGGACUGCCCCAGGCACGUGCGAGGCAGCGUGGGAACAGACGCCCGGAGUAGGACUAAUACAACUACUUUCAAUAUUCCGUAUCACAAUUCCUACUUUUAAAAAUUUUGUUUAAGCUUUCAAGUAUCUAGUGGGCUUUCGAGAUUAAGCCGUUUUUUUACUCACCAUUCACAUAGGAAUUCUCCUAUACGUAUGUUUGUUGGCCUAUUUUACUCAUUAUAUGCCGAUUUUUUCCCCACUUUGUUUAUCUGAACUACAAAAAAGAGGUCACCUGCCCAUUAGGCCAGUACCGUUUUGAAGGAAGUAAAAUCUGAUGCAAGCUUCGUAACUCAUUCAUCGACGAUUCUUCAUGAUGUCAACCGUUGCGGUUUUCGGCCACUAAAUAUCGCUCGUUAUCGUUUGGUUUAUCUGCUUUCCGUACCAUUUUAUCUACAGUGAAUGGAAGCCUUUUUUGCUGAAAAUUUUGGAGCGUAUUUCUACUCUUUCGGAAGUUUAGUCGAAGCGGAACUUCCCGCUUGUUCCUCGUCGCCUGCAUUCUUUAGGCAGAUGCAUCCAUUGCUCCAAUUGUCAUUCCGCAAACUGCCAGCCAAAACUAUUUUAUCCACAGAGCGGGUAAGAUACGGAAUUAUUUUGCAAGUACGAUAAAAUCCAAAAGUCCAUUUCUGCCCUUGGGUCUCAACUGUUCAAAAAGCCUCAGCGCGACUAGCAGUCGCUGACUAAGAAAUGUUGCAAUAAAUGCAAAAGUGACUAAGAUGGUCAUUUCUGACAUACUUGUCGUCGACCACAUAAACCCUAACCCCAGGCAUACGAGAUCCUAGGGUUAGAUAUGGAGCUUAUGUAAUCAUUUAGCCAUAGACUGAGACUUAGAAAGUUAAAGCUCACAUCGUAAUGACACGCACUCGUCUGUUCUGAUUGUCAACAGCAUUUCCUGAUCUAAUCGGUAGGCAUUAUCGACAUUUAGUUGCUUGUGUUUACGCAAAUUUCUACGAGUAAACGAAAACGGGACUUCGAGGUUAAUCGAAGUAUUCUCUAUUCUCAAAACGGAAUGAAUUCUUGUCCGCACUCUAGGGGGAAUAUUGUCAAUCUCAGGAUGCAGGGCGCGAACAUGGACUUGACGUAAUCAGUCCAGUUUCAAACCUCGGAUCUGAUCCUUUUUGAGUCAGGGGAUGUGAGGAUAACAACAGCAACUAAGCCUGAUUAUCGGCUAGUUAACUAGCUUUGCCGCCUAGUGUGGAAGCAAUAAAAAAUGUCCACCGACCAUAUUUGCGAGGUUCUUUUAAAGAACAAAGUUACACUUCUUCACUACAGAAUUUGAAACAACGUUCGGAAUAUACCGAUCAUCUUAAUAAUUGACGGCUUAGAAACUUUCGAUAUUGGAAAAAAUGUUUUUUUCUCAUUUGAAUCUUAUGUUUCCUUGGGCAAUGCUCUUGGUGACGGCCGAGUGGUGGCAAAAGGAUAAAAGGUGAUAAAUUUGGCUUCUUUUCUUAAAACUGACCAAGAAAAAUUUCCUUUGUCUGUGAAUUGAAGUCUAACAGGUAAUUAGUGAUAUUAUUUGACCAAUAUCUGAACCCUCAAUAUGAUUCUUUAACUUAUCAAGAAGGGCAGUAUGGCAUUCGGUAACUAUGGUCUGGCAGAAAUUGCACGCAUUAUUUCCCUUGGUAAUAACAGUUCAAAUUGUGUCGGUCUAUACGAUUUUAAACUUAUUUUCCUUGAAGUAAAAUCUUGCUGUGCAUACAAAGGACGGAAACUGAUCGACUUACGGAACGUCCAUUUUCUGGUCGAGGUCCACGGAGGAGCUAGGAAAAAUAGCCCUUUUAACGUCCGAUAAAUCUUCUUUUAAAGUAGUAUAUGAGCUGUGGAAUUUUUUGGGGAAAAUCGGUCAUUUAAUUUACAAAAGGAAACGUAGUCUAGUGUAAAAGAUGUCAAGACAGGCACCUUGCCAGAACUUUGGGAAUACAAUAAGACCUCAGACAAUGCUAAGUUUGUCAUGCAGUUUGAAUUAGCCUCACUGGGCACUUUCCAAAGUAAAACUAAUAUUACUGUGCUUUUGACCAAGAGAAUCGCCUAAGAUUGUUAUUGCUUACCUUCAGAUGACAACAAAUAGUCGAAAAAGCAUUGGGUCAUAAAGACAACUGCCGUCUAGGUCCCGUAUCACAUAUCUGGACUCCGGGGUUUCCAUCAUGGUUAAUUUCGUUUUUCCUAUCUUUUGUGCCACUGCCAAAGUGAAGUGAAGUUUGAGGUGAAAAUUGCCGCCGGGAAUAUCUGGCUGGACAUGGGAAUAGGGACCUUCCUACUAGAGAUGUCCUUGAGCUAAAUUUCGGAGGGGAUACUUUUUCUCAUGUCCGGACUUUGACCCUAAAAAUGAUUCUCACCAAACCCCGGAAAUUUAGAGCAAGGCCAUUUGUAGUAUAGGAGUCCACAUUCCCAUGCCGAUGCACCAUAGAAAUCAAUACAACGGGAUAGAUUGUAUUCUAAAAAACUCUAAGGAAAGGGCAAAGUGAGAAUUGUAGAAAACCAGAGAGAUAGAUAUAAAAACAGAGACAGCAAAGAAGCUCCAAGCAUAAACGAAAUAAAUGGAAGGAAAAGAAUAGAUCAAAAGGCAAAUUGUUAAAGAAUAAGGAGAGAUAAGAUGAGAGAAAACGAUAAUUUUACUAAGGAUCUCGGGGCUGCCGGAACGAGGAUAAAAUGUCGAACAACAAACAAAGCAAAAAUUAUUUUGAAGCCAAUCUUCAAAAAACACAAAGCUCAUUAAUACAGUGGACAGUGAAAUGAUGGAUAAUGGAAAACGAACAAAGGAAAAUAAACAAACCAUAAGGGAAACAUGCAAUGAGGAAAACCCGACACACGAAAGAGAAUGUGGAAAAACACUUGAAACUAAGCAUGAAACGCUGGAUGUGACCCGAAUGGUUAAAGAGGAAGAACACAAAGGAACCAUGCAUGCACUUAAGACGAAAAUAAAAGGAGAAGUGACACGAUAUGGGAAAAAGAAAAAUCGAGGGUUUCAAUGUCACAUGGGUGAGGCCUAGCGUAAAGUAAGGAUGGGGAAAUACCAUCGAAAAUUAUAGAAUCAGGCAUAAGGGGAUAGUAUCGGAAACUGUAAUUGGAAAGAAAAUGAAAGGGACUGAAGUUUGUCAAUAGAAACGAGGAGUCGAUCUUCGGGAAGUAACCGUGGAGGCAAGAUUGCUGGAACAAAAGUUUUUUUUUGCCUGACGUUUUGAACUCCUGCCCGAACCCAUUAUCAGAGACAAUAGUAGAUGCUGGAUACUGAUGAAGGUGGAAGUCGUGUAUUUUCCUAGGUAUACGGUAACAUGGCGACAUAGUGGUAACUUAUUGCAGCCCCUUGCGCAUGAACUACCCGCAUCUGCUAUUGUCUCUGAUGACGGAUUCGGGCAGGAAUCCGGAGCGUCAGGCGAAUAAGGCUCUUGUCCCAGCUAUCAUGUCGCCUUCUUUACAGUCUAAAGUUUACUGAGGACAUCUUCAAACGUCGAGUGGCAUAGGAAGAGGAAGAAACACUGGAUAAACACAUUGGAAAGUUUUCCUGACAGACUUUGCCAAUUUCGCCAGUCAGGUUCACAUUUAGCAGCAUCACUGUUGACAGUUCACACAUAAGGGAUGCGUAACAAACAUCAGGUUUGCACAGAUGGUCACACCAAAAGUGGCCAAAAUACAAUUGAGAAGUACGUGCCAAUAAACGCGUCAUGUGAUUGCCAAGGUAUGGUUAAGGGCAUCAAACCGUGACUCAUCGGGACUCCGCCUUAUGGAAGGAGCCGACGAGAACAUUGAAAUGCCUGGUCAGCAAUGAGUGGCUUUUGCUGGCAACAACCGUGUUAACUCAACCGAGAAACUCAUUAAUGGAGCGUCAUUAACCCCUUCUGUAAAACCGUGGGCUUUAUUUGGUCCUUUAUGAGGAAGCGGUGAGGGAUGUGCGUGUUCUUCCCAACGAUGAGAAGGGUACAUUACGACGCACAGAAUAUUGAACAAGUGUACUGAGUACUGUUCAGUAAAACACAAAGCAAAGCUAAGGUCAAGGAUUGCAGUUAGUGGCACAAUUACCUAGACCUUGCCUUAUAUAUUACUGACAACAUUUUAGUACUGUGUUUAUUUAAAGUUACAUAUUGCAUGUACCGUUUACAAAGGGUUUUCAAAGUUACAUAUUGCAUGUACCGUUUACAAUACGGUUUUCAAAAUAUGCUGACCUAUACCUCAAUACUAUUCCUAAACCCAACCCCACUAGUCAAAUUGGCCGACGAUUUGCCCUCGCUACCUAAUUUAUUUAAGUAGAAGAUAAUGACUUCAUUUCGGAGCUUUUGAUUCAUUUUGCGGUUCGCUCGUGUUAGGGUCUUGUGCAACUCAAAAUGGUUUAAAAACCGGCAACUUUUUAACUUACUGCGUGCAAAAGGCCUGAAAUUGUGACAAAAUUGUUAAAUAAACGACUGGUUCAUGAGUGGAGUUAAAAAGAGAAAAACAGCCCAUCCUGAGUGAUAUCUGUUCAUUCAGUUCUUUCUACAACCUAGAAGGGCAUCGUAUGUGCUGGAAAUUGUAAAUGCGCUGCAGAAGGUAGUCUGCAUUAGGCUAUUUUUGAAUUUUCAACCCUUUACAGGAAUAUUUAGGAGGAAUUGUCAGCUUAUAUUCACAAAUUUCUCGUUUUACUUACCACUGCAACAAACCCCGACGUCAUCAAAAGGACUUUGAGUACAUUGUAGAAGACUGUCAUGACUUGAGAAAUUUGCCUCUACGUUUGUUUUAAGUAAAGGAGUAAAACGCAGAUAUGAGGAGUAGAUCAUGUUUUUGAGACUUGCCUUUGACAUAUGGAAAAUCUGGUUCCUUUUUUAAAAGUAAUUUUUGCCAAACACACAUCUAACUUAGUUUAAGUACAGUCGCCGGACAGCAAUUCAAAAGGUAGUCUGGCAACUGUACAAAAAUGAACUUUAUUCCGCCUUAUAUAUUUAGUCAUAAAUUGAAAAUUUGCAUAAUCAGCUCCUGAUGGUUGCAGCCCAACCGACAUGUAACGCAAAAUACUCACGAAAAUAGUGAUCUUUGAGUGUUAGCCUCGUUUACGAUGCAGGUAUACUCUGCGUGACUGUUUUAAUUUCGACGAGGAGAACGUAGUAUGUAGGCCUUUUAAUCUUCAUUCUUCAUCAUCUCUGAGUGAUAAAACAGACGCUGAUUUAGCAUAUCUCUCUACAUUACAUGAUCAUCCUCGUGUCUAUUCCUCAGUUUUGGGAACCAGAGUGAUGUAUUCCACUAUCCAAACUACAAAAAAAUGUAAAUAUGUUGACAACACCCAUUUUUUCUAUCAAUUGACUAAACGACUUAAUGGGGCCUCAGUUACCUUGCCUGUAACAAGGAGGCCGUUUGCACAGUUCCAUAUAAAGGCGGUUGGUAAAUGGUUAGAUGUAGAUCAAUUAAAUCAAGAGCAAUCGGCAUGGUUACUUGAAUUUUCCAAUUGUUUCCUGAACCUCUGAAAAAAGCAUUCCUGCAGAAACGUUACUUCUCACAAGUAUCAGUAUUGUGAGUGGUGAACUACUUUACCCCUUCAUGUGUCAGAAUAAACAUAGAAAGAGGGAACGGAGGCUGAUUUGCUAUUCGGCAGAUUGCCGUGAUUAAUCGGGAGAAAUUUAAACAAGCCCUGAUGACAAACUAAUCAACGUUUGAUGCGUUUAUCAAGUUGUACCUUUCUCUAGUCAGAUGCUGGCAGCCCAUAUCUUUAUGCAACAUUGGGCGCAUUGUGAAAAACAGCCUGGGGCGAUCUAACCACAUUAGAUGCUAGAAGAAGGUAUAUGCUGACCAAUGACGUGAUUUGACCUAGCAAGAGGAAAGCAAAACAUGUUGUGUGAUAGAUAGAGCAUAAAAAGCUGAAAGUACGACGUCCGCCUAGCAUUCUGUUCUUUUCAUCACUUAAUAUAAGAAGACUGUCGUAGGUUACUUUCAUGCGGUUGGACUAUUGAACUUAUUUAAGAUGCCUGCUAAUUAUUCCAUCUCCAUUAUGAUUAAUGAGGAGUAGCAUGUCGAAGGCUAUGAAUGUGCAUCUAAGGUUAGCCCAUCGGUCAUAAUAGGUGCCAAAAUCCAUGGGGAAUUACACAAAACAUUUGAAAAGUCCUUUAGACUUGAGUCAGGUUGCAAUGAUAGUUAAGUUGGGGAGGAAUUUCGGGUCGAGUCACACACGGUAACGUGAUACAUUUCGAUCGAGAAGGGCAUAGGCUGCCUGCAUCGAAUGACUGCCUGUGAUGAUCUAGACCGAGCCGCAAAUCACAAAGAGACGAACAAGUCUCGUAACCCGAUCGGAAAACUUACCUCUAGCAUAGUUAAUAUUUACAGAUUGAGAGACAAGAGAGACUGGAAUGGCCAUUUCUGGCUUAUUAACCGUCGUAAGCCAGUCAUACCCAACCCCGAAGUGUGGAACACCUGGGGCUUCAGCUCGCGACCUGUUAGUUAGAAGUCUAACGCCUCUAACCACUGGGCCACGGGCCCGUUGUCCUGUCGGUUGAGGUCGCGAAUAUACAAUGGUAGAGUGGCGCUCACCGAUCGUUUCUACGUAACUCACUCGUCCCGUUGUACCUUACGGGCUCUCUCUUGAAUCCGACCAGCAGCCGCACAGCGGCGCAUGAUAUAGGCAGAAUGAUAUUAUCGACAAAGACAAGGGAGACUGGAAUAGACAUUUCUGGUUAAUUAGUCGUCGUCAGCUAGUGGUUAGAGACGUUGCAUUUCUAGCUAACAGGUCGCGAGUUCGAGCCCCAGGUGUUCCGCACUUCGGGGUUGGGUAUGACUGGUUGAAGACGGCUAAUAAGUCAGCAGUGGCCAUUCCAAUCUUGGUUAGGCUCGAGAGAGAAUCAGUAAAGCACAACGGAACGAGUAAGUUUCGUAAGAACGAUCGGUGAGCGUCCCUCCACCGUUGUAUAUUCCCGAUCGCAAGUGACAGGACAAGGGGUCCGUGCCUCACUGGCUAGAGCGCUGGACUUACUAACGCCUGAUAACCAAAGGGAUGAGAGUUCAAACUUUAGAUACCGGUCAGGACUGUCCGAUGACAACUAAUGGGCCGAAAAUGACCAUCUCAAAUUUCCUUGUCUUUGCCAGUAAUUUCCUUCUGCCUGUAGUUUAUGCCAUACAUCUUCAAUCCCACUUACUAAAAAAUAAUGCGCAAAUUUCGGUUCCUAAACUCAUUUUGUACGAAGCUGUCUGUUUUAAGUACAUGGAUUUUGGAAAGAUUCGCCAACUGCCAUGCGAUGAAGUUGCCUAAAUCAUGGAACAUCGAUUGAAAAUCUAACCUACGAUAAUUUUUAGAAAGGAUACUGUGAUGCUGAUUGGUCUACAGCACAGUCUUAUGGUGACUGGUACAUAUCGGUGUUCUGGUUCCUGGAUUGCAUGAAGCACGUGUAGUAAAAAGUAACCUCAUACUAAGUAGGCAAUAUGUUCAGCAUAUUUUUAAUGCCAAUCAAGAUCACUUAUAGUUUAUUGGAAGGGUGCCUAUAAAAUGCAUUCUCUGCGUUUAAUUUACAACAAAUGACUCAGUUUUGUGAAGUUAUACUCAAAAGAGAACGCCCAACAGCGUGUUUUGUAAUCAGGAAAAUUUUCAGAUACUACAACGACCACAUAGGAAGCAAGAUAUCCACGUAAAUGGUCUCAGAGCACUUUUCAAAAGGCGUAAACGUAGGUUUACGUGAUACAUGGAUCAGUAAAUACCUUAAACACCUAAGAAGAAAACUCAAAUAUGACCUAAACUGAACGUUCGGUGCAUCCAUUUAAAAAAUUAUGAAUGCUGUUAUGUGAGCAUCGGAAAGCCUUUGGAGAAAUACGUAUUAAUUGAAUCUCCACUUUCUUACAAGUUGGGUUUUUGGAGGCGACUGGUGUGUGCGAAAUUCCCUGAGACUUGACCUAUUCGUAAUAAACAUUGCAAUCUCACUUAAGCAAUCCUUUUGAAUUAAAACAAUAUUUCAGAAUUUCAAUCUCUGCAUAGUUUCUAUAAAAUAAAUUUAUUUGGCAAUUUCUCCGCUCCUCAAAUUGUAGCUAGAACCCACCCGAUGCUCAACGAUCAACCUGUAUUUAAAGAUACUCCAGAAGCUUUGAACUAUUUAAGCCAAUACUUAAUUGUUAAUUAAAAUUAGUGGAUUAUAUAACUUGCAGACAGAUUGACUAAAUGCAAAAGAACACUAGACUAUUUCAGCAGGCUUCGUAACUCAGGUAAUUAGAAAAUUUGCUGUAUUUAAGCCGUCCCUUUCUCUCGUUGGAGGCAAAUACAGCAAAGUCGCUGGGGCUUUAAAAAUUAGCGUGUAAUUAGCUCAGAAGUUUCUGCUCUAGUAGCCCCAAAACACGGCAGAUCUCCCUUCGUUUAUUUAAGCAGUCGUAAUUUGAAGUGAUUCUCCAAAUACAAAUGGUCUGCUCGAGGAAGGUAAAAACCAAUAGCUAGAACUAUUCAGCCAGAUAAAGCAGUUAAAGGUCGUUUAAUUAACCAUUUUUCUGUUGGAUUGAUGUUUAGAGUAUAAUCCUAGAGUCCGACACAAAGUAGCAGAGCGCUUACCUGAGUUAGCACUUACUUCUGCAGCCAGACGAUCGCCAAUGUGUCUUCAUAUGUAUAUAUACUGUACUGGCAUGCACGUGCGUACGCCGACUUACGUGACCCAGAGCAUCGGACCAUACCUUGUUCGGUUUAUGGCCUCUCACCUUACCAGAGACAGCGUUUGGUUAGUCUUGUCAAACAAAUGGUUCAGCAUUCCGUCACUUCAGCGCUCUGCAGUGUACAGGCUCCGCGUGAAAAAUCCCCACAGUGGGUCUGCACCGAAGGGCAGGAGCGUAAUGAUUGGCGUCGAAAAGUCAAACCGGGUAAGUGGAGCAAAAACCCGCGAUUGUCUGGAUGUGGCCUUUCGUUCAAUCCAACCUUAAGUCUGCAUUUUGCCUCCUGUAGUACCCCACGAAUACUUUUUAAAAGUGUGAUUAAAACGAGCAUAAUUUACGCAGAAAUGGAAACGACUGGAUAUCGGACGGCUUAUUUAUCCACAUUUUCAGAUACUUCACUUGGUAAGCCUUUUCUGGGGCCCUCAAAUAUGUCGUUUCAAUGUCACAAGUGUUAUCCCUAUCUAACAAAGUCCUUUCCAGCCCAUGAUGUAGGCGUAGAAUGAAGUGUCAAGGUGUAAACCUUCAGAACUUUCGGGGCAAAUUUUCUUGAUAGCAAAACAUUUCUGUUCGAAGUGUUUAGGAUGUUUAUCCAGACUUUGUUAAAUAUUUUGCAACAAUUUUUGGCUAUCAAUGUUUAAUUGCAAAGUAAUUUUAUUUCUUAUUUCUGCUUUGGUGUGGUAGGUAAAAAAGAUCCAGAUCGGUACCUCACAAGCACUUUUAUAUGACACUUGAUAAAACGUCAUUUGAAGCGUUAUUCCUUGGUCCUAUGUUUUGCAUACCUCAUCGAAAAGUUACUCAGUUAGAAGUGGAAACUCGGCUUGAGAACCUAUGGAACCAAACCUAUGAUCUAGUGCCCACUUCCACAGGCAGUAUCCAAAACCUAAAAAUCAAUCCUGGUGAUCUGCAGUUAUCAGUACCUGAACAAGAGGCCAGAAAGACGGAGAUUGCUGACAAAAGCGCGCAUAAAUAAGUUAGAAGAACUUCGGUAGAACAAAGGUAUUUUAGUAACUUGACCGGAUAAAGGAACAGGCGUCGUUAUAAUGAACAGAUCGGACUACACCGUGAAGAUACAGUCCAUAAUAUCAGACCAGAAGAAAUUCAGGAUGGUAGACAAAGAAAAGGAUUGCACGGAUGAAGUAGAGGCGAAAGUGACUGUCUAGGACGGCUCCACACAGGGCGUUACAUAAGUGACCGUGACCUCGAACACCUCCGACAUGUCGGCACACAUCUCCCUCAACUACAUGGUCUACCUAAGAUUUUAAAAAUGCUUAAAACUUUUCUUACAUUUUCUCUCAAAAGUAGUGCUCAAAUCAGGCCGUGUUAGUUUCACAUAUUCGUCAGUUGCAAAUGUAAAUAAGUCCUUUUGCCGCCUUCUAGUGUUUUAGAACUAAAGGUUUCAUAAAUUUAACAGAAAACCUUGAAUAACGACGAAGAGAUCACCUGAAAUAUACUUAGAGAAUUUCGAAAUUCCACACCGAAAAAGCAUUGUCAUUACAGUAACUGGGCAGUCAAAGUAAAUUCCUACUUACAGCAUUAGGCUUUAAUUUGACAACCAAUGAGCUAUUUUCCCAGGCAUUUAGCGCACAACGAUGCAGGGAAUGGCUCCAAUGGACAUUUAUAAGUACUACCCCAUUUAUCGGAAGCAAGAUAUUCCAAUACCUGUCGAUUUCCCCCAUUCUAACAGAACCUGAUGAGGCUCAUGUAACAUUGACAGAGGCUUUUUAUUGUUUCCAAACACAAUGGAUUGUUUAAAUCAUUGUUUAAAUUCAUAGGUUCGCAAAGUAACUGAAGGCUAGCGCAUAUACGAUAGCAUGCUAACUUUCUGUCAAACCCUUCCGGUCGCAGAUUCUGAUCACACUAACAAAGAACAAAUCCUACUUACUAAUGCGUCCUCAUCUUGUCGGUUAUCGACCAGUACUCGUUGCAAAAAUUUUCUUUGUUUUCGUUGAAAAAUCCUCAAUGCAACAAUUAAAGCCUCUUCUAUUCCACUUGCUACGUUUUUUGCUGUUGAAUCAAAUGCGUUUAAAGAGAAUAUCUCAACAUUUAUGCUCGGCACCACACACACAGUAGGUCGGUUGGUGUUUAAGUAAAACAGAGACCUGACAGGGUCUGUAACUUUAACAAGCCGCAUCUUUUCACUGUCAGACUUUUAAAAAUGAGAACUCAAGUAGCCAGAAAACUUGUGAGACGUGCCUAAGCAACGAGUUCCCUACUUCUCAUAUACUAUUAUUAAAAAUACUUUUACUGACCACAAACCGGUACGUCCACGAAAAGCUGGUGGAUGCGCAUAAAUGGCUUUUUGGAAACCCGCACAAGGAGAUAAUUUCAAUCCAAUUUCUUAUUUGAACAAUUAGACUGAUAUUGUAUAAUCCCACAACCGCGUCUCCCGAUUAGUCACGUCACGCCUGUUGUGGAAAAUGUGCCUACAAGCGCAUCGGCACGGGCUAGCCAAUCAGGGGGAUCGAUAUAUUAAAGAGCCAGCGGGUGCAUCUUACCAACCAUGUUCAAACUGAAAUUCUGACUAAUAAGAAAAGCAUGGAUGCUUCUCACGGGGAAUUGGUGUGCACUUGUCUAUUCGAAUUGCAGCAUGGAAUACGGAUUAAUCCGCUUUGUCUUUAAGAUUAAGGUCUACAGCUCACGCAAGAGGUCGCAGGACGAUUCGUAGUUAUUAAGAGAUAUGUCUUAUUUGCAAUGAUUACGACACUGGAAGGGUCUAUCUGGCUAAUUUUUCAUCGUUAACCCGUGAUACUAUUUGAUGUCUAAUAAGUCAAACAUUUCCAUCCUGCUAUCCCUGUCCUCGUCGGUAGCAUUUUUAUUCAAAUGCUUGCACCUGCGCCCACCGCUCCAUGAUGCAUGCGAUUUUGUAGUGAAUGACCGAUUUCUGCGCUUUACUAGACGUUAACCGAUUUUGAACAGUCCUUUUAAGCCAUGUGACUAAAAGAUGCUCGUAUUUUCUCCAUAUGAGUCAGUUCGUUAAUCCGCUCGUCAGUCCACUUCCUGCAACUCGGGCCCAAACGCGAAAUGUGCAACUUCAAUGUAAUCACACCUAUCAAAAAAUUUCAGUAGGCGGACAAUAAGAAAUCCGUCAAGUGGGGCUGCAGAACCAAACCUCACCACAAACAAUCUAACUAAAACGUAUGUUAUUGAUAAAGCGCAUAUCACUCCAGUUACUCAGAGAGGAAAAUCUUUGAAGAUGUCACCGUUCACCUCUUAAUCUCCGACCAUUUUCAAAAUGUCCUUUUUCCGCUGUAGUGACGUGUAUGAAGCGGUGCACUUUGCAACCGAGUACAAGUAACUUUAGGACUUAGGACCCUAUUUAUAUUCAGCUAUCCAAAAUCUCCUUCUGAUACCAUUUUCGGGCCAAGUGUUACAGGUACCUUGACUAUCCCGUUUGCCCUUAUCAAUCCGACUAACAUCCGGUUCACAAAGUGAUUCCAGUGCCCAUGCCAACAUAAAACUACGGAAGGCGCCGAGGCCCAUCCUUAGCCACUAGUUUAACUGAAGCUUAGCAAGUCCCUAGUUAUGCAGCUCUUUUCCACAGCCAACAGACCCAUAAUCAUCGCCGAUAACUCCUUAAGACUAGUGUCUGGGUUAAUUAAUGAGAAUUCGCUGUGGACGCGCAAAAAAAUUCCACCUUUCCGUUAGUUUUUGACUUUCAGGGUGGAACCUUAGGAUAUUAGGAUCGGCAAACCAUGGCCCAUGCAGACUAUUAUGAGCUGGCCGUUCUCUGACACCUGGUUCCCUGCCGGUAGAUGCGCUUGCGCUCCCGCCAGGGGCACAGGUCGUUAGCAUGACUGCCCAGUCAUCUUUGUUCUUCUGACCCGUUGGUGGUGGUUGUUGUUGUUGUUGUUGUUGUUAAAAUCCUGGUCGUUCGCUGUGUGGACAAGAGGGUGUGUAGUUGAGCGCCAAAGUGCAGGCUCGGCCGUGCCAUUCGCCUGCGCUCUAUCCGCCUCCGGUCUUCUUGACCCCCUCUGGAUACCGAUUCAAGGCGGGGAAUGAGGGAGUGCGUUAGAUGUCUUGCAAGUCUAUUACCACUGUAAACUAACUCACACACAAAUCACCGUAUCUGCUUCACCUUCCUGUGGAGCAUACGGUGGACAUCGUCGGCAGCGACGGUCGAACUAUCGCGUGGGGCAGCUGGACCCCCAGUAAGUUGAAUAUUGCUUUGCUGCCUUUGCUUUGUUUGUUCGUCCUUGUUUGUUUGCCUUUGUUAAUUUGUUUGCGUUUUUCUUGUUGUAAGUUAAAUACCGUUCUGUUGAAUUUGUCUGCUCACCGUCUACAUGCCAGCAACCAGUUUGUUCAGAAAGGUACGGGAAACUGCUUUCCGUCUCUGUGCCCCUACCCCACCCCCGUCUCACCCUAAUUCAAAAAUUCCUACGGCGAGAGAGACAGCGAUCACGUAGGCGGCCCAGGCUAACUCGGUCGUUCCCCCACUGAAAAAAUGUCGUGUCCCAUAGUGGAGUUUUGCAGUCGUCUGGGACGACUGGGCAGCCCUAUUUAGGGAUAGCACUGCUCACCCACGCGAAAGGGACAGGGCUAGAAAAGGUCCCCCCUAACAAACGUUUAGACCACGUCCUCUGCGCGCUCACCAUGGCUCGCAGAUGGAAAACACACUGUCGAAACCGCCAAAUACGAAACAAUAAUCCUUCUUUUCCCCCUUUAUCCUCGCCACCGUCCCACUCCACAGACUGGUAAGGUGCGUCCGCCUACUCUGGCAGCCUGGAAUGUUCGUACCCUUUUAGACAACUCGCGAAGCAACCGACAGGACCGGAGGACGGUGCCAGUGGCCCGGGAACUAGCGCGCUACUAGGUGGACAUCUGAGCACUCAGCGAGACCCAACUGGAGGAGUUGGGUGCCGGCUACAUCUUCUAAAACGGUCUCUCCAGGGCAGAGGGACGGAACGCGGGCGUCGUCUUUGCCAUUCGGAACGACAUCAUAGGACGACAACCCUAUCUGUCGCAGGACAUCAACGGUCGUCUAAUGAGCCUCCGCCUGCCUUUCCGGGGAGGCAGCUUCGUCGCCCUCCUCAGUGUCUGCGCUCCCCGAUGUCCAGCUCUGACGCGGCAAAGAACGAAUUCUACGACGGCCUGCACGCCCUCUUGGCAACUAUGCCGAUGGAAGAUAAGUAGAUUGUCCUUGGUGACUUCAACGUCCGCGUCAGCACAGACCGUGCUGCGUGGGGAAGAGUGUGGGACCCUCAUGGUCUCGGCGGCUCCAAUGACAAUAGCCGGCUUUUUCUACGAACCUACGGCGAACACAUUUUCAUCCUGACGAACACCUUCUUUCGCCUCCCGAUGCGGGAGAAUACCACCUGGAUGCACCCUCGGUCACAAUAUUGACACCUUCUGGAUUAUGUUCUCCUCCGUAGGCGAGGUUGGCAAGAAGUGCUGAAGACAAAAGCAAUCCCGGGUAUCAAGAAUUGGACUGAUCAUCGUCUCGUCAUCCCCAAGAUCCGGAUCCGUCUACAGUCACGCAGGAGACUUCAAGGUAAGCGACCCCCAGGUAAGUUGAAUGUUGUUUUAUUGAAGUGUCUGCUGAUAACCUCUGUUUCAGCAAGGAACUGGCUCAGCAGCUAUCCAAUCUUUCAGUCGCCGCCGGCGAGGACGCCUCCAUGGAUAACCGAGGACGUUCACUAAGGGGCACGGUCCAGUCAACCGCCACUAAUUUCGUCGGUCAUGCAUGUCGUCAGCGCCAGAAUUGGUUCGACGACAAUGACGCCGCGAUCAACGACCUGCUCGCCGAGAAGAACCAUCUGGACAAAGCCUACGUCGACCACCCUACCGAUGCAAGCAAAACGGCCUUCUACCAUAGUCGCCGCCGUGUGCAACAGCAACUGCGGGAGAUGCCGGACCCUUGGACGGUGCGUAAGGCCGAGGAGAUCCAAGGGUAAGAGAAGCGCAUCGAAUGGAAGAACUUCUUCGCUGCGAUCAGGGCUGUUCACUGUCCCACAACCAAGGGCACCACUCCUCUUCUCGGAGCCGACGGUAGUACCCUACUCACUGCAAUGACCCAAAUUCUGAAGCGAUGGGUCGAGCACUCCAGAGGCAUCCUCAGCCAUCUCUCCACCAUCUCCGACGCCACCAUCCUCCGUCUGUCUCAAGCGGGGGUCGGUGCUGACCUUCACAUCCCGUUUUCUCUCCACAAAACCGUCAGGGUCGUGCAGCAGCUCUCCAGCGGGAAAACGCCCAAGUCGGGCGCAAUCCCUGCUGAGCUUUACAAGAGCGGCGGCCACCAACUCACGAGUCAUAUGACAGCGAUCUUCCAGGAUAUGAGGCGUCAAAGACAAGUUCCGUAG